GUACACUGUACAAGCGCACAUUACAUUGCAUUGCGCUGCCGCAUGCGUUGUUAUUGUGCAUACAGAUGAGAACAAAUGCGAUUAACAAUAUGAGACGACAUUGCCUAAAUCCCAUAUACUGAUGGACCUCACUGGAUGUUUUAAAGUGCAAUCCUUACAUUAAAGCAGACCAGAUAACUGCAGCAAUGUAAAUGUCUCGCGGCAAUGGAGCGGAAUUGUCGCGCGGAUAAAGAGAUGAAUCACAAAUGAUGACGAUACAGCGGACAUACAGAUUAUAACGCUACAAAAGGCAAGACUGAAAAAACAAACAGGAUGAGGAUACCAUCACCAGGCUCUGUGCGUGAAUGUAUGCAUGUGGAAAUAAGAGCAUGGCGUGCUGGCUCUGUCCUAGGAUCUUUGUGUGUGGGGGUGUUGUGUAGGGGUAUAUGUCUGAACUGCUGAUGUGCAUGCCUCCCCCAUCCAUGAGGUCAAUGGAUGAUCCAGUCGUGCCACAUCCUCUUUCCUCAGCACCAGAUGCCUCCACUCCCUCUUGACGAGCGCAUAGUGGUUAUUCAGCGGCCCAAAAGCUUGGCCUUGCGCGUGGCCUCUCCACCGACCACCUCCCAGUCUUCCUCGCACCGCCCAGCCGCAUACAACGAGGCCCCGUCCCGCUCACCCCAACCCCCUCCACCCCGCUGCCAUCCAAGUGCUAACUUCCUGUCUCUGGAAUGCAAGCGCAGGCAGUUGUCCAAUGUUCAGAGAGACAAAGGAGAUCGUGGUGCCCCCUUUGAGGGCAACGGCCACAAUGCCAGCCACUGUCACACCAACGGGACUGUAACUUUGGGUCCCAGACUUCACAAGCACACACAUACCAUUGACAUUAAAGUGUCUUUGGACAAAGGUGCAAGAGGGGGUUCAUAUUCAGACAAGGGGCACAGUAGUAGCCUUACCCGAAGUGGAAACGGUAAGAGCAACCAAACUAAAAAGGUAUCACUUCACUUGGAUCCAGUGCAAGGGGACAGAAAAUGCAAAGGAAAGUCUUCCGAGUUAGUGGAGAAGCACCAGACCCAUCAUCAGAAUCAAAACAGAAUUCAGCACAGUAGACAUCAUCAGAACCAACUCACAGUUUCUCCUGGAGGGAUCUUGGAAUUUGUACCAGCCCAAAGACAGCAGACCAAACCCAAACUAUCAAGACAAAGGGACUUGUCAUUGAAGUCUGCUUGCUACCUGUCCCAUACUGACAAGGACGUAUCAUCUGUAGGAAACAAAGAAAACUCCAAACUGGGACCCGGACAUAAACUUCCCCACACCCACAGCCUAUCCCGUCACCACAGUUCAGCCCCGUUACCCCAUGCUGCCAUUCUAAACCCUCAUUACCCUGCCAUCCCACCUUCACUCCCGUCCCGGGCCCCAUCCUCUUAUCAGCACAUCAGUCAGCCUCGUCCCUCACGCCUUAGAGAUCAUCGGCCCCAAAUUCUCCACACUUUGCCUCUCUCUCCCACUUCCUCCCGAGGAGGCUUUCCCAGUCCAGACCACACAUGUACUAUUGAAUUCUCCCACCCUUGUGGUUGUUGGAGGCUGGUGCGUUGUAGAAGAGGGAGAGGUCACUCGGCCAGUUGCCGCGGACGUAGUACAAGCCCAUCGUCUUCAUUUUCUCACGUGCAAGGUACGAGUGCUGCCAACGGCGGUGACGGAACCAUGGGACUGAAGACUUUGGGAGGGUGUCUGUCUACCGCUUCCACCACUAACACCUCCUCUUCCAACAGCACUGUCUCAGACUGCCGCCCAGGGCCUCUUAGACCUUUGGGUUGUGCAUCUUGCUCUGGAGAAGCUGGAGGGUUUGAGAGCCCUGCUGCUUUUCGUAAGAAGCUGGUUGGCGGUUGUCUACCCUGUACUCCCCUUUCUUCAUCCGCACCUCUUCGGGCUCUUCAAAGUUGCGUCAGUGGCUGCAAUCCCAAAGCAAGCCAAACCGGAAGCUCUACGUGCAGCUACUGCAGCAGUGACCCAAUUGUAGUGACCUAUAACCCGCACAGAGGGAAUCCUCCCACUAUGGGCCGUAACAUCGGUGCAAAAACCAUGGGAGGAUACCAGGCUGAUGAUGAUGAUUACAGUGUACGCACAAUCUGGCCCGAGGAGCUAGCAAAGAAGAUGACCUGAUCGAAAACCCAACCUAACCACCACAAUGCAGGGAUUGGGAUGGGCUCAGGGAGAACCUGCAUGGGCCACAACCAGAAUAGCGGCAGCGGCAACAAUCCUGUAAUCCUUGAUUGCCGGAACCUUAUGGAGUUCACACGUACUCAUCUGACCGAUCAGGCAGGACGCCGGAGGCUCCAGCAAGGCAAGAUGGCAGUUUUGGACUUUAUUGGAUCUGGGAGCAGCGGAGACCAGGGGAGAGAUUCUCUAAAGAGGCUUUGGAACAGAGGAGGUGAUGCUUGCAUGGGAGAUGGCAAUGGGUUUGAUGAUGAAGUUCUUCCACAGUCUCCGUCCCUGCACUCUCCGGAUUCUCCUCCUUCUUUCUCACCCCCACCGUCUGCCCCCAGCACCCUGAUUAAGCCUAAACCUAAACAGAGAGAUUGGGAGGGUGGACACACCUUGCCUUCUGCACAAUCACUCCACUUGGUCCUCAACUCACUCAACAGAGAACAAGAUGAAGAAAAUGGUCGAGUGCACCUCUCCCUCCCUCUCUCCUCAUCGCUCCCAGCAUCACUGUCCGAGGAGAGCGUGAUGACCCCCGAUGUGGAGAACGCUGUUAUCAGUCCCAUCCUUCCUUUCCUUUUCCUUGGGAAUGAAAGAGAUGCACAAGAUUUGGACCUUCUGCUUCGACUCAACAUUGGUUUUGUGGUCAACAUCACAACUCAUCUUCCACUGUACCAUCUUGACACAGGCUUGGUGCGUUACAAAAGACUCCCCGCUACUGACAACAGCAAGCAGAACCUGCGGCAGUAUUUUGAGGAGGUUUUUGAGUUUAUUGAGGAGGCUCACCAGUGUGGACGGGGUGUUCUUGUACACUGCCAAGCAGGUGUGUCCCGCUCAGCGACCAUUGUCAUUGCUUACCUGAUGAAGCACACCCUUAUGACCAUGACCGAUGCCUAUAAGUACGUGCGAGGUCGGCGGCCAGUCGUCUCCCCCAACCUCAACUUCAUGGGCCAGCUGCUAGAGUUUGAGAGAGACCUCAACUCUGGGGUAACACCUCGUAUCCUCACCCCCAAACUGAGUGGCCUAGAAACCCAAGUUUGAAAGAUCCAGGCUGAAGACUAUUGUGAAGAUAAAAUCACCCGAAGUGGGAAACAGUCAAAAGAAAGUCUUGGUGUAUUUUAAGUACUUCCACUCGUUUGAGUCUUUGUUUCAUAAAAAUAGUACUUAUUUGACAGUUGGCAAAUGGAUGUUUGUGCUCUCCACCUUUGUCCUGAUACUCUGUUAAUGAUGUGCCAAUUUUUUAUGCAGAAUAGCAUUCUAGGAAUGAAUCCAUUACAAAUUAAUUCAUGUAUUAUUGUAUUAUGAUUAUUACUAUUAUCAAGCUUUGUUAAAAAAGUUAAGUACAGUAACUAUAGAAGUAUUAGGGUUAAAGAACAAAGUCUCUGGCUGUCAAGCACAGAAAAAGACGUUUUGAGACUCAGAACUGUGACAAGCAUCACAUUCGAGACCCAAGACCUGUAGCAAACUUCAAACCCCUUUUCCACGGUGCACAGCACUUUUCUAGACAGAUUUUUUAUUUGGAAGAUAAUUUGAAGGCACUUUUUUAAGUUAUCUCGGUUACCUUUGUGUUAGCUGCCAUCUAUUUAUAAAUCUUUCCACUGACAUGAAGAUUUUUUUUGCCUUUGAAAUUUUUUCGAUACUGCUAUUUUUGUCUACUUUUAUCUUGGUGUCAUUGUGUGGGAGGUGUGCAAUAGAGACUAAUAGUAAUUUGUUUAUUUAUGGUUGGCCGCUGGAGAUUUUUUUAUGGGACAUUAAUCAGCUAUCCAAAGGCUGAGCAAAAUCCAAAAAUCAUAUGGUCGUUAUUUUUUAUUCCUACUGCUUCCCUAUUAUACUGAAAAGGGCAAUCUGUAUAAAGCACUGUGUCAUGUAAGGGGGUGUUAAAUGUGACUAUGGAAUGGCUUAUUUAUUUAUUUACGUAUUUUGCUUUUAUAAAGUCAACUCACUACUAAUGUGCUUUAUGCAAAGUUCACACAUUUAAAUGAACAAAGAGUUUUUAUGUUUGUGCUUUCUACGUUUUUUUGCUGUUUCCUUUUUGUGCUGGAAAUGAAUUUUAAGAAAUUGUGAAGGGAGCGCUCUCCUCGAGUCUAAAGCGAAACCCAUUUGACAUGCUAUAAUAGGAAAGAGCUAUUAUUACUGUGCAGAAUUACUGUGACUGGAGCAGAUCGGGCCAAGUCAUCAUCAUGGUUUUACCGUUAUGAAUCAAAUUUGCAUUUCAUCAAUGCACAACAACCUGGUAACAAACAGAUGUUUUUAGUUUAUGCAAAAUCAGCAUGAGGGUUCCAACGGCAAAACAUUCAGUGCUUUCCGUGAUUUGAUAUUUCGUCCAUUCAGCCUUAAAACAAUUUAGCUUAAAUAAUUUUAAUCAAACACCUGCGCUGUUUUCGAAAUGUUCGACAAAGAUCCCUCAUUUACAGAUAUCAGGUUAGUGCUUAGUGCUCUCAGAACUACAGCAAAACAAUCUGGUUUGUGUAAUGAACCGCAAAAGAAACCAGAGCAUAAAUGUAUUAUUCAUUUUCUUACCAUCCAACUGCUGAUUUCCUUUUGUUUCCCAACUCCAAGAGACUAUGCACCAUUAUAGAAAUACAUUCUGUGAAAAAAACCCGGUUUAGUUCACUGUGAAACACAUUCUUCUUCCUGCAUAUUGUGAAGUUCUCAGACUCGGUCCUUGAAGCCUCCAUGCAUCAGUCUUGACAAGCGGGAAGUUCGUGUGCCGUCUCUGAGUUCUGCCUCGCUGAGCCAUCGGUCUUCACACACUGCUGCCGUGUCGCCAUUAAUCUACUCUGGCCAACGGCGUGUGACGAAGUGUGCUUUUUUGCGUUUUAUUUCAAAUGAGUUCCAGUUUAAAACCCUCUACCUACGCUAAAGGUGAACACGUGAUCAGGAUGUUGGAACCAACCUAUUGCUUUUAUUUUAGAGCUGACAUGUGCUCAUGUGAGUACAGUAGGCCUACAGUAACAAGCUGACUGUUUCAUUCUCUCCCAGUUUGCUGACGGUGUUUAUGUGAGUGUUGUCUGACACUGUCGCUUGAUUAUACCCGGAGGAAAAGAUUAAGAGAGGGAUCAUCUAAUAAAUAGGCCUCGGUGAGGUGUCGGAGCUCUGAGAAACCAGACAAAAGUCGUUUUAACAUGGAUGCUGCUGAAUAGUUAGAGCAUUUAGAUAUGUGUUCAUAAACUUGAAAUAUUUGUGCUUUAGAGGAUCAUUGCUAAACAUAUUUGUCGUUGGAAUCUGGCAUGACGUACCACUUUGCUGUUGUCUUUUUUUACUGUUCACUAUUUCAGUAAAACUGCCAACUGCCGCUCUUCACAUGGCUACAUGUAUAUAGUGUGUUUUGAGACAAAAGAAUCGCCAGGGAUGCCUUUUUGGAAUGCUGAAAAUUCAAUAAUCGUCUUCCGAGUCGAUGUAGCACCUAUCAAGGAAACAAAAUUUAAGCACUUGGAAGUCCUGAAAUAGUUUGGAUAUGUUUAGCGCAAAACGCGUUUGUGUGUAGAUAUGAAGAAGAAUGUGUUUGCGUUAUCCCGUGUGUGUGCGGAACAUAAAUGUGGGUACGAGGAAUGAUGUGGGUGAACAUUUCUACCAUUUCAAUCAAGCAUCCCGACCUCAGACCUGUUAAAUGUCCAUUGGCACAACCCAAGCUUUGCUGUGAGCUUGCAUCUGUCAAUGCCAUUAGCUACAACUGUUUGCCUUUUUUACCCAGGAUUUCACUCUUCCAGACAUGUGGGACAAAACGUACCUCGCUAUACAGUCAAUCCUCAACUGUGUACUGUGUAGGUCUACCAGAACCACCUGGUAAUAAUGACUACAUAGAUUGACUGAAUUGUUUUUGGCUGUCUUCAUUUUAGUUAUGAGGUUCAUGAAAGCUGAAAUUGUUUAUAAUGUGCAAAAUGUCAAAUCGGGACAUUGUAUCAACGGCAUACAUACGGUAUACAUUUUUCUUGUGUUGAAUAAUCUCUUAUAUACAGUUUAUGGUUUGCACAUAGAAAUGAACUACAUGUAAAGUUUUGUGAAAAUUUCGUUGUGAAUUUGUGUAAGGAUACUUCAUGUGACUUUAUUCAUGUAUGUAAUGCCUGUUCUUUUUUUCAUUAUUAUUAUAUAAUUUUUGUGGCAAAUAUUGAAAUUAAGGUUGGCAUUGAUGGGCUAAUGAUAUUUGUAUUAUCCGCAUCUUAAUGCACUUGGGUGGAAUUCGAAAAAAAGUGCCCUCUAAGAAAACAAUAUGACGAGAUUUGCUCAAUUAUCAGUGUCUUACCUUAUUCCUUGGCUCUCUAACCUAUACGUCAUUGUAGUUCUACUGUAAAUUUAUACUCUGUGCAGAUUUUCUUACCCACUAAAUUGCGAUGCUCAUUGAAGAUUUUAUAUUUUCAUAUGUUGACGUUCUUUUAUGUUCGAUCAUUUAUCAGUAACUCUUUGGAUAUUUUGGAUAUAGAUCCCUCGGGGGAGUUUGACGUCCUUUGAAUGCAUGUUGCUCCAAACUGACCUACCAGUCUUCUCUCCCAUUCCUAAUGAAUUCAAUGUCCAUGCUGCUUUGGAGAGAAGACGUCGGACGUGGCAGCCUGUGUCGAUUUGACCAUAUACUUGUGUGUACUUUACAUUUAUCGUUGACAAAUGAAGGGGCUUCAUUCUUUUCCUGUUGAAAACUUUACUGUGAGAGACUGUGAUACUGUUGUGAGAUGAAAUCAAUUCAAAGGCUGAUUCUUGCCGGCAAUUAUGAGAAUAAUGUACCUCUUUAAAAAAAAAUUUUGCAGAGAAAUGGAACAGUUGGGUUGUAAAAAAAUUGUCCAUCAGUACAAUGUUCUCGCAAUUCUGCAAAACUAAAAUGAUUUGU